AUGGACAAAUUGUCCGCCAGGAAGCCGCGAAAGAGCGCACCAAAGUCUCGAUCAGGAUGUUUCACCUGCAAAACCCGCCAUAUCAGAUGCGAUCAGAAGAGGCCGGAGUGCGAGAACUGCACUUCGUCAAAUAGGAAAUGCCAGGGGUAUCCCACGCCUCCACCCAACACUGCUUCAGGAGCACAUGGUUCUCCUCACAAUUCCAUGUCCAUUGCAUCGUACAGCAUCCCUUUUAAAAUUCCCGGAAGCCAAGUGGAUCGGCAGCUCUUACACUAUUACUGCUCUCAAGCAGCAUGGAAUCUCUCCAGCUACGGCGAUCCGACCUUGUGGACCGAACUGAUCCUCCAACGAUGUCAAGAUCAACUCGUCAUCCGCAGUUGCCUCGUCGCUUUAAGCUCUUUGCACAAGGACUUUGUUUCUGGGUCGUUUGCGGCCGGUGGAAAGGCAAAGCCGAAUUCGAACGUCGAGACCAUGACCAUGGUCAGCAAAUGCUACGGGCAAUUGAAAAAUUACCUCGCACGGUCUGAUGCCCUACCAGAUGUAGCGUUGGUUUGCAGCGUCAUCUUUUACUCCUUGGAGUCACUUCUCGGUGAUAGUCGACAGGCGCUAUCGCACCUCGAUAGCGGGUUGAGGCUGCUGAAGCGCACUCAAUCCGAGGCAAAAUGGGCUGAUGACCCGUUACUUCUGCAUCUGACACAUCUCUUUGAACACCUGGACGUCCAGGCAAGUUGCUAUGAUGACCUUCGACUUCCGGUGCUGGAACUCGUUUCUCCUCAAGAGACUCGAGGAGCAUUGUCGGUUGUGCCUGAUUCGUUCCGAAAUCUUGGCCAUGCUGAACGCGUUCUUGUGAGACUUCAGAAUUGGACCCUUCGUCAAUUGAUUAGCCACGUUCAGCACAAAGGCAAAACCUCGACGGAGUUUCCUCAGGAUUUAUGGGACGAAAGAGUGGUAUUACGCCAGCAAUAUGAGAAAUACCGCCGGACACUGAGCCUCCUCGAUAGCAACCCAGGGAACUCACCCGUGAGUACCCCAGGGACUGACAGCCAAAAAAACACAAGGAAGCUUCAGCUACAACAGUUCCUGCUCUUGCAGAUAAGCUUCCACAUCUUCUACAAUCUUAUCGAGGAGAAUGUUCCAAUUGCAGCCGAUGCUGCAGGGUACGCCAUCAAUGACGAGGAUAUGCUCAGCACCGCUCUUUCCGAAGUGCUAGACCUCCUCUCACUGGCAAGCAAUUCAGUGUCGCACUCCGCAAGUGCUUCAUUCCCACUAGCCUCGCCCUCGCAGCGCACUUAUACACUAUACACAUUCCUCAUCGGGACAUUAUACUUUCUAUGUCUCAAAACCACCAACCAGGAAAUACUAACCACGGCUUACCGGCUAUUCUCCCACCCUCUGCUCCAGAACUCGCGUGAUGGUCUCUGGGACUCCAGCCUGGUGGAGAUGGUGGUCAAGAAUGUGAUGAAGAUCCGCGACAGGGACUCGGGUAUGGACGUGCCUGAUAUUCUCGUAGAAGACACGUCGCAGGGAGCGGGACCAUGGACUUUCAACAUUGAGGAUUUCAGCUCGGGCGAAGAGACCGACUAUCUCAACACGGAUUUCUCCUCGCUGGUCACCGGAGGAUCGGAUCUGCUUUCUGAUGCAGCUGCAUACUUCUUUGCCGACGACUCUUUCCUGCUCUCAACUGAUAUGGUAGCGCAGUGCACGUCCAUGUCAGCUUCGGGAACGAAUUCGCCGUCUCUCUCAGAAGAUUUGUCCCCGAGAAAUAACAGCGAACGAAGUCUACCAAACGCAGACCGUCAGCGAACCGAGCCUUUAACCCAGAAUUUCAGGUAUGGUGGUUCGCCUGCUGGUUUUGCUGCAGAAAGUCAUCCGGGACCUGAGCAACUCCAAACACAAUCUUUGGGAGGCAAGCUGCCGGCUUCAAGUUUCGGCCAGCACACACAGGUUCAGUCCACAAGUCUACCUGGGUCAGGCCACCAGAGUCGCAAUGUCACCCAGCAAUUCACUAUUCCGGCGGCUAAGUUGCCCCGGAGUAGCAGAUUGGAAGACUUCGCGCUGGGUAUUGUGGACGCGGACGGCGGAGUCGAAGUAGCUGCCAAGAGAAUUGCAGAGAUGUCUAUAUAG